AUGCACCCCGAGUAUCCUGCGAUUUCCGAACAAGAAGAUACCGAGAACUUGACUCAACGCGAUCCGUCUCCCCAGCAUGGCCUUCACGACCACCAUCCUCUCGUCUCCCUGUCAUCAGCAGGCAGCGCUGAUGCAGGGACGACAACCGCAACGUCCACCGACCAGCUUGCGCUCGACGCGGCCCUCGCUGCAUCGCUGCAGGAAUCGGACGGCCCUGCUCAACCGAAUCAAGACCGGAGACUGAGCUCGCGCAACACCCCCUCGCCGCCGGCGCGAAACCGAAUCGACGAAUACGAGAAGGCGUCUACACCUCCCGUGAGGAGAAGAGAAGGGCCUGCGUUCGAAGUCAUCAAGAAGCAACGGAAUCCGAAUGAUAAGCGCUCGCCUGUAUUGGAAUUGCCGAAUGGUCGGUUCCUACACAAGUGCACAUAUGGAGGACAACAUGGUCGCUAACAUUCAGCAGAGGUCUUGACACAUGCGUUGGCGCAUCUUGCUCCUUCAGAUCUGGCCUCUGUAUCCCUCGUCUCCAAGCGCCUCCAUGGGCUUGUCACUGGGCCGCAUGCAUGGCGAACCGCAUUCGCUCGUUACUUUCCAGGUCCAAACUCGAUCAAUCCAGCCCACGAAGACCCUGAUGAGGAGACUCAGACUGUCGUCAAGUCGGACAGGCGUGCUUUCGCACGGCUCACGGCACUUGCGUCGUGGAGGAGCGAGUACAUCAUGCGUACUCGCCUUUUGCGGUCUCUUUCCCGUGGUAAGCCGGUCCAGGCUCCACCGACGCCCCAGUCGCCGCGUUCUGGACACGCCAGCAAUCCGGCUCCCAUUGUCAUGUACAACUCACAGCUUUUCACCACCAUCAACCACAUUCAUGCCACGUUCGGGACCGGGUUGAAUAAGCGCCUUCCUCGCUUCAUUCAUGGCGCGGAUGACACAGGUGCAGCCACUAGCAGCGACCCAAAUCUCGCAAAAGUCGACUCCUGGGGACUGUCUGAUCCUCAUUUCUUCCUCCAAUUCGCGGAGAGGUUCCCAGGCGAUGACCAGUACGGACUUGGCCCUGGCGAACUAGUUGGUGUCCCAAAUCCCAUGGACGUCAGCCAACCCUUCGGUAUGGUAAUAGGUGAAGGAUCUCCCGAAGGCAUGACUUACUACCGGUCAACUGAAGAGAUGCGUGGUCGCUUUUUGCCUUUCUCCUCCGUGAUGUCUGUACCUGAGCUUGGUAUCCCCAAGAUCCUGUCCAGUACUGAGGCUAUCACUGCGGUGUGGAUUGCCAAGUCUGCUGCGAUUCCAUCACUCACCGAAGGACUCAUCGGCAUUCUUUCUGGAUCAUCCGCGGGCGUUCUCACAGCGUACAGUCUCGGCUCGAUCAACGGUGGCAACAAUCGCGAUCAGCGCUUCGGCCGCGGUGAGAUGACUGCUCGCUGGGUGCUGAGUCCGGGUGUGCCGAUAAUCGCACUUGCUGUUGACAAUGAGUACAGCCUCAAACGUCAGGCGCAGAACCGUAUAUGGGCCGUCGCCCUCAACGCAUUGGGUGAGGUUUUUUACUUGACAAAGUUUCCAAAGCGCCCACAUGUGGAACGCGGCACUCGUCUUGACGACGAGUCGCUAGAACGGACUGCAUGGCUCACGGGCAGAACUGUCUACUGGAACGCCAUCGAACCUAGCAGGCGUGUUGCGAAACUCGACCCUUACGCAGAUGCAACUGUCGACGGGAGUUACUCUCCUCGCUCUUCCUGGAAUGGCAUGUGCCUCAGCAAAGACCAAAUCCAGGCAGAGACGCGUGAAGUCGAAGCAUUUGCCCAGCGCAAGCCAAAAGACUUCCAGAAGACAUGCUCUGGAUGGGACAUGCGGCGGAAGCUCGAAGUCGACUUUGCGGGGGACGAUGGCAGCAAUGCUGGCGAGAAUCUGGUUGUAUUUGAAUGUGGUCUAGAGGAAGAUGGCAUGUCUGCCGUCAAGCGAUACAGCCGUACUCGCUUCCACGAGAAAGCUGCAGCAGACUCCACUUCCACGCCUCCGUUGACCACUGGCAGCACGGAACCCGCGAGCCCACCAUCCCUUUUCGGCGCUGCAGCUUCUCCCGCGCUAUCGCCAGCAUCUGGUCCAUCGUUCGAGAGACUGGAAGACUCGCUGGCCCAGGAUGACUUGACCGGAUCUAUUACCCCACGCCCGAUGACAGAGGAGUGGCGCACGUCCGUCUAUUCGCUUGGUGGUCUCAAGCAGGUCCAGAUCAUGGCUACUGCCAUUGAUAAGUCGGCAUUUGCCACCUUGACAACCUCGGAAGACCCCUUACUCGGCUUUACUGGGCAGUCAGCCAGUUCCUCGCCAUCGCUCACUCCCUUGCCUGGAAAAAAUUCUAGCAUGAGCCCUAGCGAUGUCCCCGGGCAGAGAGCACGACUUUUCGCGGCUGGCACAAUGCUUGGAUCUGUGCUUCUGUGGGAUAUCCGCGCACCCGUCUCACGCUCAGUUGAGAGCGUGAAUACCGUUGAGCCGGUCCGCAUCAUCCACACCGAUUCUCCACAGAUCUCCUGUCUGGCUUUGUCCUCACUAUACCUUGUCCACGGCGGCAAUGAUGGUCUUGUUCAAGCCUGGGAUCCAUUGGCUUCCGACACUUCGCCCAUCCGAACCCUCAACUCGCGCUUCUCAUCUCGAGCCAGGCGGAGACUUGUCCAAGCUCAGGCUUCCCCGCAGGGCGUUGGCAUCAAUCUGUUCGCUGCCGGUGCAAUAUGUCUGGACCCAGACUCCACCGUCCUGCGUGGGAUGGUAUCUCUCGGCACCCACCUUCGCUACUGGUCUUACAGCUCUUCUGCUGCUGAUCAGUACAAGUCGUCGAAGCGCAAGCUGCGUCGCUCCGAGAGAGGUAGCAACAACGGCGGCGAACGCUUUUCUGGCGCUGUAAGAAGCAACCUCAAAGACUACAUAGCCAACGAGCGCUUUGAGCUGGACCGCGAAAAGGAGCAACGCAAGAAAGAGUCUCAGCGCUUUGCAGGGCGAUUUGGAACAGAGCUACUCGGAGGUAGCGAGGAAGAGAUGAUGGCGUAUGCUGCUAUGCUGAGUCAAGAGACUCUAGAGCAAGAGAACAUGCGCCGUCAGUCAGACGUGAGUGCUGGUACCGGCACUGUGGCCAGCAGCGUGGACCCUACCCCCGCGGACUCUCCAUCGCCUCGACUGCCGACUCCGAAGACCGAUGACGAGCUGGAUGCAGACAUUGCAGAAGCGAUUCGUCAAAGUCUCGCUACUUCACCUGCUACGGGAUACGACAUUCCCAUUCGUCAUGCAAAGCCAAAGCACCGGAAGGGUUCGUCUGCCCGAGCUUCGCCCCGUGUCUCGCCGUUCCUCGCCGGGUCCAGCAAGCCGAACAAUGAGAUGGCUGAUCUCGACUUUGCACUGCAACUGAGCCUGGCUGAGGAGCAGAGCAAGCAGAGUGCAGGAGCAGAUGCUUUCCCCAGUCUGCCAGCGUCGCGCGGCACGAAUGCGAAGGGAAAGGGGAGGGGUGGGUGA